UAUCGUCUUCAGCCAUUCCCAACCGGUGUGCGCAUGCGUAUUUGUAGAGGGCGUGGUCGGUUUCCAUGGGGACAGUGUUGGUGGGCGCUUUAUAGGAUUGCCGGCGAAAGUAAAACACAGAAGAUGUCGGCUUUGGUCGGAGGAGGAGAGCGAGGCGAAGACCUGGGAGCUAUUCUAGCGAGGGUUCAGGACGACCUGCAACUGAUUCGGACGGCCGUGGCUCGAGCGGGAGAGGACGCUGUGGACCGCGAAGCUCUCGAGUCUGUACUUAGCCGCACGGAAAGAGGAAUACAGGUUGCUUCGCGGCAGGUCCUCUCCUCGAGCCUGGAUCACGUGACCACCCUGCCCCCAGUCUACCAGCAGCAGAGUGAGGGGUCGGGGAGUUCGAGGGGAAGGGGUCCGAGUCGGAGGAGAGGGAGAUCUGAGUCUCACAAGAUGGGACUACUAGAGAUGGCUGAGCACACGUCGCGACACAGCCCCAUACACCAGGCCAGACACUAUUCACUGAGUGCUGCUGAAGAAACCCAGCUGAUGCAGAGAGCACGACUCGUGAUGACCCCGUCGCUACCGGCAACGAGGAAACUGCUGAGCCAACACUAUUCCCUCCCGGAGACCCGAGAAGCGAGGUCGUUGUCGAGGUCAAAGGUCAGAGGGAAGGUGUACUCUGGAGGGACUGUCCCUCCACUUACGACUUUGCCACAGCGACAGAGAAACACUAUUGUGUCAACUCCACCCACAAUCUCAGAAGAUGACGCCCACAAAGGUCUCCUGAGUCUCAUCGAGAGGCAACUGAUACCACCUGCAGCCGACAUCGUUCUAGACCCUCCGCCAGUGAAAUCAACAACACUCGAGUUGCUGAGUGCAUCUCAGCAACACGCUAGGGCAACUGUCGCUGUAGCUCAAGAUGGUUGUGGUCACAUGGUGGGAGUGAGACUGGCUCCGGAUCAUGUGAUCCCUGCCAGUGCCAGCGAGUCUCGUCAGGAAGCCACACCCACCACCCCACAGUCGGCGACGAGACAACCUCGCCUCAAUUUCCAGCUCCUACCAGUUCCAAACCUGUUUGACCAGUCCUCUGAACAGAAAACCGAGGAAAGAGUUCCUCCUCCUCUUUUCUCACCUCCUGUUGAAAGUCUCCAGAUAAUCAUUGAGAAUGGCCUCACACUCACUGCCACUGAGGAUUAUCAAAAGUUCCAAUCUUCAAACCCCCAGCAAUGGACACAUAUAUCAGCAGUGAUUGGACUACUGGAGAAGCUGUGUAAGGAUUUCGCCGUUCCUACCGCAAUAGUCAACUGCAAAAGAGUGGUUGAGUUGUCUCUGGAGACGGAGCUGUGUCUGAGGCUAAGGAGAGGAGAUCUGCUGGCCUGUCUGUUCAACCAGGAGGAGGUUUCUCGAGUCAUCACCAGACCAGGUCAGCGGUUCAGAGGUCAAGAUGGCCAACAGGCCGCAGCAUCACUCAUUCAGGCCACGUAUCGAAUGUACAGUCAGCGAAAGAAGUACCUCAGUCACUUACGGAGAGUCUGGGCUGUGGACGCCAUAUCCAAGGCAUGGUCGCUCUGCAUUGCAAGGCACUCGGUAAGGAGAAAUCUUGUGGAGAGGAGAGAGAGAGAGUUGAAGUGCCACAGGUUGAAAAUUUCUCAACUGGCCAAAAGAUGGAGAGAUGUUCAAGAGAACAAGAGAGUUAUUAUUCAUCUCCCUUCAUUAGGUCAUCCACUGUGGAUGCGUGGAACGGAGACAGAGAUAAAAAUAGAACAGAGUCUUCAGUUGGGACGGAUCACUGAUGUUGAAGAUCCCAAUGUGGAGGUGGUAUACAUCAGUCCGGUGUCCCUGGACCAGGAGAUACUCGACUACUACGGGAGCCUCCUGGCCACCGGGCCCUCUGGUUCCCAGUCUGCCAUGGAGAGAGUUCACAUCGUCACUCCCGACGUCUCUCUCCCUCCUCACCCUCUCCCUCUCUCCUCCCUCCUCACUCUCAACCCAAGGUCUGACAAUCAGCCGUUGAGACUCUGUGAGGCAUUCUGUUAGUAUGGUUAACUCUAUAGUUUAGUAAGUGAUGCAAGAUCAUACUUUAGUAAUGCGUGCGUACCUUUGAAUGCUGCAUGUUCGCAAUUUGUUUCCUAGGGUUUAAGAGGGUAUAUUGUACCUUACCUCAUUUUUAUGACUUGAAAUUGUUACUGGGAAAGUGAACUUCUAUCUUCAAAGAACAUGGAUUUUGUAAAGAGUCACCUAUUCAUGUCUUCUUUCCUCUCUUCUCUCUCUACCGUACUACAUAUGUGCAGGACAGUUCAACGAAUAAAGAGACUGACGGCUGGUAGGGAAGCCUACAUCAUUCCCGGAGCUGUCAAUCCCGAUGACAUCACUGUAGCUGACAUGCUAGGUGUCCCUCUCCUGGGAACAGGUCCCGAGGCCAGUCAACUCUAUGGCAGUAAAGAUGGGGCGAGAAAGUUGUUUAAAGAAGCCAACGUGGUGACUCCACCCUGUGUCCCAGACAUAGUCUCAGAGAAUCAGCUGGUGGAUCAGUUGACAGGACUAGUGGCGACCCACCCUCUCAUCAGACGAUGGAUCUUCAAACUCCCUCACCACUCCAGAGGAAGAGGAUUCGCUUACUGUGACGUGGGGGACCAUCUGGAGUGUCACCGGUGGCUGGUGAGGGAGAGCCAGAGAUAUGGACUCAACUGGUCUACUCUCUGGGCACAGGAAGGUGCUAGAAGGAGAAUUCUCCUGGAGCUGCCAGCGAUCCUGGAACUCUACUGCAGACCAGUUGACACUGAACUCUACCCCAACUGGAGAGCCUUCCUUGCCGACUUCCUCGUUAACGGUGGCCUAAUUGAGGGGCAUCCCCCUUCUCCCAGCGUGACUGCUCUAACAGUUGACCUCUUCAUUGACCCCAGAGGAGAUGUUACUGUUGUCAGCACCCAGGACCAGAUAUGUGGAGAGGAAUACGUAGUGUGGGGAGUGUCUGUGCCCCAGACUUCCGUUCCUCCCGACCUUCUCCUGACCUCUGCUCUAAGAGUGGGCGUGGCUGCUAGUGGGCGUGGCAUCCUCGGACACAUCUCUGUCGACUUUGUUACCUUCAUAAACCCCACAUCUUUGGUGCAGGAGUUGUGGGCUGUGGACCUUGACAUCGGCUACAGCAGCCAUCUGGCACUGCUGAGGUUGCUAUGCUAUGUCACCGGGGCAACCGUGGAUCCUCGCAGUGGUCAGCUGGUGGUAGACGGUGGUCCUCGUUUCGCGGUGUUGUCCCCCCGGGUGUACCAUUCCAGUCUUCCAGUGGUUCACUAUCCCGUGUUCUUCCAAAUGUGCAAAGCUAACCACAUCGGAUACGAUGCCAAGGAGAAGGUUGGAACAUUGUUUGCUCUAUUUGACAGGGAACAUAAGGAAAACAUUGGACUCAUCUGUCUGCAGUCCAGUCUGUCCUCAGCUCUGACUGCCUGCUCCAACACUCUCUCCACUCUUCAUCACGAACUGUCCACUCCAAACAUACAGGGCUCCUCCAACUUCAAGAAUGUAUGCAAGGAACUGGACGCAGUAGCUGAGCUGCUGAAAGACAAUUCUUAAUACCAGCAGUGAACUGAGGACAAAAUGACUUCAUUCACAUACUGCAUACAGUAUGAGUGUGAAAAUGUUUUUUACCAAACUGAAAUGAUGACAUUGUACAAUGUAAAGCCUAGAUGUCUCCGUUGAC